AUCAGAGAUGGUUCAAGAGUGGAAACGGGGAUUGCGCUGAAUGGAUUCUGGUUCUGUUUGGGAGGAUUUCUGUUAUAAGCCGUUUACCUGCAUCUGUUUAAUCAUUUUAGGUGCAGGUUUUAUGUAGGGCUCAUAACUCAAAACCAGACAACGGUAUAAAACUUUUUUUUUUGUUUUUAUUUAAUAAGACAACAUAGCUGAGAAAGAUGUGGUCAGUGAACAUUUUAAGUCUUCUCCUGUUCUGCUAUGCUUGCCUUUCAAUUGGAAAUGGUGAAGUUUAUUUUGCCUCAAGGAACUUUUAUAAUAUACUCAAGUGGGAUCCUGUGAAGCCUGAUUUUCCUGGGGAGAACGUGCUCUACAGCGUGCAGUAUUUCCGGGAUGAUGAGCAAGGUUACCGGAUGAAAAAGGAGUGUCAGAACAUUACUAACCUGUCGUGUGACCUGACUGCAGAAACCCCAUCACUGCAUGAUAUUCACUACAGGGCUAAGGUGUGCGUUAAGGGCAGCUCUAUUGGCUUCACCACCAGCUUUAAACCUUUGAGAGACACUGUUCUGGGCCCACCUAUUUUAUCUACAAACACAUCAGUGGCAACCCUGCACAUCAAUGUCACCCUGCCGCAGGGACCCAACGGAGUCUCUGUUGCCGACAUCAUCACCCACAGCAAAAAGGGGGUCAUCAAAACUACAACAAUGUAUAUUUUAUACAUAACUAGUCCACAGUUGGUUGCACAGGAGGCUGAGAGCACAACUGGAGCGUUUGACAUCAGUUUAAAGUACAAGCAUACAGAAUACUGCGGUUAUGUGCUUUACAAACCGAAUUCAGAACCGGGACACUCAGGCAGUGAGAAUGCCUCCUUCUGCGUGACACUGCCAGAAGAUCAUCAAAGGGAUUCACGAUGGCCCUUUGCGACUGUUGUGGCUGUGGCUGUUACGGUGGCCGUUUUGGCGGCCAUUGUCAUAAUCUUGAUUCUGUGCAUGUACAAAUAUGUCAAGGGAGGAAAGACAAAGAACUUGCAGCAAACACUGGUCAUUACCCCCGGGACCUGUAAAGUGCUUCAAACUCCAGAUAGGAAUCUUAUACUUUCUGAACUACAGUUCUGCACAGCACAAAGUGAAAAAACUAUUUACGCUACAAUCCAGGUGAAGCCAAACGUGCCCUCACGCGAGUCUGGAGAUUAUUCCCCCCAGGAGAUUCCCUGCCAGGUUUGGCAAAGCAACACUGACUCCUCUUUGGGUACAGGUGCGCACAGCACAAGCCCGAAUGCAAGGGACACAAGCGCCCAAUCCUCUGAGAUCUAUAGUGCAGUUGUUGUCCAUGUCCCGCCUGAAGAGACUGAAGACGUCCAGCAAGCUGCAACUAGAAAUAUAGAAACCAGCCACUCAUCACUGUCUUCUAAUGGAGAAAAAAGCUGGGAUACAGGUGGAACCAUUCCAAAACUCACAUCACAUGGAGCACCAUCGUUUGCGGGUUCUGAUGACAAUGCAAGCAGUCUUGCCAAUCAGCUGGUGCUGAACACAGUGCGGAAUAUUAAUGGACAACUAAUGUUGUCUUCACUUGCAUUUCAGUUACAGAGCACCGCUGCUGAUGAAACAUUGACACUGAACCCUGAAAGAAAACCUCUUUUAUCGGACCUCGUUUGCUGCCAGGAUGAGCCAUCAUUAGCAUCCUUUAUAAGCGUGGACAGCUCAGAGUGGCAGGAUUCUGGCUGUGAAGACAGCACUGCAAACACACCAACCAACCCAUAUUGCAACGCGCACUACUUCCCCUCUCAACAAGUCGUUGGUGAUGUUCACCAAGAAUGUCAGACCGAACCAUCUUGCAACACCAAAUUCGAAUCCAGUUACAAACAAAACUGGGUUCCUGAAAUCCUACAUGACACCACACCCACUGAUACAUGGACUAUUUCAAAAAUGGAUGAGGUAGGAGAAGAAGAUGAAGGUACAGAAGGCAUGGAGAAUUUAGCAAAAACUCUUCUGGGACAUUGGAAGGUAAAUAUUCAAGAAUAAUUCUUCCUGAAACCCGAUUUACCCUUCAAUCAAUGCACUGAUUACAAUUUUCUUACCCACUUUAUAUUUUCUUCAAGACUGACCUGCCAAUCGUGGUGUAAUGUGAUACUUCAAAAAAUAUUUUAAAAUGCGCACAUUGUGCAAAUUGCCAUUAUUUGGGUUUUUUGUAUUCACUGUAUAAAAUAUCCAUGACUGCUUAUCAAGGCUGAUGCACUUACUGAUCAGAACAAUGAAGGUUUUUCAGUACUCUAUGCUGAUAUCAAUGCCUUUGUUUUGGAACUAAUCUUUUUGGAUUAGCAUGUAGAAACUGAGCAGAUAAUCAGCUUUGUGAUGAUGGAGAUGAUGCAGAGACUGGUAUUGGAACUGUCCAAAUGUAUGCUGAAAUAUUUUUUCUCUGUCCAUCAGAAAUAAUUAGAAGAUCCAGCUAUUUGCAGUACUCAGCACUGAGAAACUGCAUGCACUUAUGACAAGAUGGUGUCUUUUUAGACAUAGCUUUCUUGUAUAAAGAGACUGUUGGGUUGGGCGGAAAAAAAAUUAAGAAAUUCUAGCACUGGCAUGGCAGGACCUGUGUCCAACUGGACUCUCAGCAGUCUGACCAGCACUUAUCCAGCUGGACCCUCCUAUGUGAUUUUUCUUUUUUGUUCUCUCAGAUGUAAGUUGCUUUGGAUAAAAGCGUAUGCUAAAUGGUAGUAGUAGUAGUAGUAGUAGUAGUAAAAACCACAUGUGGGCACAUAUGAAACUUUCAUUCCUGUGAUAUAUUAAGCACUGCUGUAUUUCUGGUUUUAUUUAUUUAUCCACUUUGUACUAUAUUUUGAAAAAAAGGAUAACCUUAUAGAGAACAUUUCAUUUUUUUAUUACAAAAAAAAGAAGGUAUUUGUUUACUUUGUCAAGUCAUAAUUGAACAAAAUAACCACACUGAAAAAUGUGCAAGUGAAAAGUGUUUUCCUGUUUAUUUCUUUAAAACUGCACACACAAUAAAUCUAAUACAAAUUAAACUACAACCAAAUAACGCCAUAAAUAAAAGCCAGAGCUGCAACAUUUUGUGUGCAGAUGUGUAGUAAGUGUCAUGACAACAAUUUUUCCCAAGUGAUUGCACUUAAGGCAGCACGGUGGCUUAGUGGUUAGCACUGUUGCCUCACAGCAAGAAGGUCCCCGGUUCGACUCCCAGGCCCGGCAGGGGCCUUUCUGUGUGGAGUUUGCAUGUUCUCCCCUUGCUUGCGUGGGUUUUCUCCGGGUACUCCGGCUUCCUCCCACAGUCCAAAAACAUGCAUAUUAGGUUAAUUGAUGAUUCUAAAUUGCCCGUAGGUGUGAGCGUGAGUGUGAUUGUGAGCAUGGUUUGUGUGUCUAUAUGUGGCCCUGUGAUGGACUGGUGACCUGUCCAGGGUGUAACCCCUGCCUCUCACCUAAAAAUAAGCUGGGAUAGGCUCCAGCAGACCCCCGUGACCCCGCAAAGGAUAAAGCGGGUAAGAUAAUGAAUGAAUGAAUGAAUGAAUGAAUGAAUGAAUGAAUGAUUGCACUUCUUAAAAACACAUAAAUCAGGUCUGGUUGCUUUUAAAUGACAACAUGGAGUUAUAACCUGUUCAGUCCCAAUACACACUCUGAAAUCUAUUUUCAACCCUUAAUAUCAAUGUUUUCAUGCAAUUCAAGUUGAGUAAGAUGACAGAAUAUCUACCAGAAGUAAACACACACACACACACACAUUAAAUAUAUAUAAUAUAUACACACAUAUAUAUGUACACACACACACACACACACACACACACACACACACAUGGAUCUCAGUAUUAUAACUUUUAUUUAUGUACAUAAAAAAUAUUUUGCUCUUCAAACUCACAAAGUUAAUAGAGUUCUUUUAUUCUCAUUGUUUGCUGUUCAUUCUAUGGAUGGAAUAUAACCGUGGUACUGUAAAUAUAUUAAAAGGUGGGACCAAGGUACAACUGCCACCCAGAUAACAGCUUUGUUUUUAAUAGCUUCACUGCAAUCUCUGGAGCUAUAAAGCAAUAACUGCUGUUGUGUUGAAACAGUGAGAUGUAAGUUAAUGGUGGACACCAUGUACAGCAAGGUUUGUAUGUACGUAUAUUUAUACAGCAUAUGUUUCAUUUUCCUGUAUUUAAAGGCUGCAAACUUCAAAUAAAUAUUUGAGUUAAAAAGUUGAAAGACUGAGUGUAUUGAAUAAAAUGUUUCAUCUUUUUAUCUUUAUAUGGGUGUUUGGUUUUUGGGGUGUUUGAUUUGUAAAUGACAGUGCUGUGUGAGUGGGAUGGAGAUGUCAAUUUCCCCGAGGGAACCUCCCAAAGUUCAAUAAAG